UGCGGCCUGUGCUUCGAGAGGGAAAAGCGAGCGGGGAGGCUCGGCGCGGCCCGGGCCCCAGGCAGCCGCGCAGCCCCACGACCUUCGGCCCCAGCCGAGGUGGCCGGCCCCGCCUCCGGGCCAAGCUUUCCCCACGACCCAAGAUGGCGGCCGGGGUGGAUUUCGGCGACCUGGAGCUCUUUGAGGCGUUUGGCCACCCGGAGGAGUCGAUGCCGAAGCCCGUUCACACCCGCUUCAAGGACGACGACGGCGCCGAGGAGGACGAGAACGGCGUGGGCGACGCGGAGCUCCAGGCGCGGCUCCGGCAGUGCGAGGAGACCAUCGAGCAGCUCCGCGCCCAGAAUCUGGAACUUAAAAGAAAAUUGAACAUUCUGACUCGACCGAGUGGAAUAUUGGUGAACAAUACUAAACUAGACGGGCCUUUACUGCAAAUUCUGUUUAUGAACAACGCUAUCUCAAAGCAAUAUCAUCAAGAAAUAGAGGAAUUUAUAUCAGAUUUAGUAAAAAGAUUUGAGGAACAGCAGAAAAAUGAUGUGGAAAAGACUUCCUUUAAUCUUUUGCCCCAGCCAUCCAGUAUUAUGUUGGAAGAGGACGGCAAGGUAGAAGAUUCCUGUGCCAGUAAAACCAGCAAGGAGGCUUUCAGUGUUGUAGGAAGUGUCCUGUAUUUUACUAAUUUUUGCCUUGAUAAAUUGGGGCAGCCACUGCUAAACGAAAACCCUCAGCUCACCGAAGGAUGGGGAGUGCCCAAGUACCAGCAGGUCUUCAGCCACAUUGUUUCUCUAGAAGGGCAAGAAAUACAAGUAAAGGCAAAAAGACCAAAGCCUCACUGUUUCAACUGUGGUUCUGAAGAGCAUCAAAUGAAAGAUUGUCCAAUGCCCCGGAAUGCCGCACGAAUCAGUGAGAAGAGAAAAGAGUACCUGGAGGCCUGCGGGGAGGCGAGCAGUCAGGGUUUCCAGCAGCGGUACCACGCGGAGGAGGUGGAAGAGAGAUUCGGCAGGUUCAAGCCCGGAGUCAUCAGUGAGGAGCUUCAGGACGCACUGGGCGUGACCGACAGGAGCCUCCCGCCCUUCAUCUAUCGGAUGCGCCAGCUGGGCUACCCGCCAGGCUGGCUCAAGGAAGCUGAACUGGAGCACUCGGGACUGGCCCUCUACGAUGGGAACGAUGACGCGGAGGGCGAGACGGAGGCCGGAGAGGUGCAGCAGAAUAAAAGUGUCACUUACGACCUCUCAAAAUUGGUAAACUAUCCGGGUUUCAAUAUUUCAACUCCCAGAGGAAUUCCAGAUGAGUGGAGGGUGUUCGGCUCCAUCCCCAUGCAGGCAAGCCAGCAGAAGGACGUGUUCGCCAGCUACCUGCUUGCCAACUUUCAAGCGCCGGGUGCAAAGUCUGGCAGCAAGAGGUCUUCCUUCCAGUCCAGCCCCAGGAGCUCCAAGAAGCAGAAGAAGGAAGGCAGCUCGGCAUCCUCCCCCACAGACAUGGAGCUCGACUCGGGUAGACCUGUCCUCUUUCUUCCAGACUGCUCCCCGUGCAGUGGAGGCUCCCAUUUCCAGCCACCUUUACCACCCGGCACUCCCCCACCGCUCCCCCAGGGGGCAUCUUCCCCCGUCUUCACCCCACCACUCCCCAAGGGCACCCCACCGCUGACCCCCAGCGCCUCGCCGCAGCCCCGAAUGGCAUCGGGGGCCGUGGAGGAGGACGCGCUGACCCUGGAGGAGCUGGAGGAGCAGCAGAGGCGGAUCUGGGCGGCUCUGGAGCAGGAGAGCACCCACAGCGACUCGGACCUGCCUGUGGACACGCCUUUAACUGGAAAUUCUGUUGCCUCAUCGCCUGGGCCCAGUGAGCUGGACCUCCCUAUGCAGGAGGGCAACGCCCACGACAAGCAGCAGCUGGAGCUUCCAGAACCUGUAGAACUCGGCGAUUGUGCCCAGAAAGCAGAGGCUGGCCCGUGUUCGAGUCCCGGGCCCGAGGCCCCGGCACCGGCUCCGGAGGAGGAGGUGGAGCCCGCCCCACUGGACUCGAAGGCUGCUCCGGAUGGCAGCAGCGUGGCCUCCCCCCGCGACGUCCCCAACGGAGGCAGCCAGGUGCUGCGGACUGCGGGCUGCAGCCCAUCCCUGGCCACCAAGGGCCACAGCCCUGUCCCCGACAUGAGCAAGUUUGCCACAGGAAUAACACCGUUUGAAUUUGAGAAUAUGGCAGAAUCCACAGGGAUGUACCUCAGGAUACGAAACUUGUUGAAGAACUCACCCCGCAACCAGCAGAAAAACAAAAAAGCUGCCGAGUAACUGCUGGCGGCAGCGCAGGCAGUGCGGGCCCCGGCUCUGUGGCCUGUGCUCUGUCCCUGGGCCACGCCGGCCAGCUCGGCAGGGCAGUCAUGUUGCUGUCUACACCUGCCACGUUUUGAAAGAUCUCUCCAAGACUGAAUUGUGGUGGACAGGAAGAGGGGGACUGGGCUCCUGGUUGCUGUAUUUUGUUGGCAAACGGGGCGCGGGGGGCUGUGAAUCCGAGAUGGCUUGGGAUCGUGAGUGUCCAUCAAGAGUAAUGAUUUUUAAUCUGUCUUUUCUACAUUUUGCUAAUUCUCCUGUACACAAGUUUAAUAUAUCACUUUUUUUACAAGAAAGAGAUUCUAACCAUUUUCAGAUUCAUGUUUCAGCUCCAGCAACCACAUGAGGACAGUGAGGGCUGAGCC